AUGUGCCACCCAAGGGGACUCAGCCCCUUUCACUUGCUCUCACCCACCCAAGGGGACUCAGCCCCUUUCACUUGCUCUCACCCACCCAAGGGGACUCAGCCCCUUUCACUUGCUCUCACCCACCCAAGGGGACUCAGCCCCUUUCACUUGCUCUCACCCACCCAAGGGGACUCAGCCCCUUUCACUUGCUCUCACCCACCCAAGGGGACUCAGCCCCUUUCACUUGCUCUCACCCACCCAAGGGGACUCAGCCCCUUUCACUUGCUCUCACCCACCCAAGGGGACUCAGCCCCUUUCACUUGCUCUCACCCACCCAAGGGGACUCAGCCCCUUUCACUUGCUCUCACCCACCCAAGGGGACUCGGCGCCUUUCACUUGCUCUCGCCCACCCAAGGGAACUCAGCCCCUUUCACUUGGUCUCACCCACCCAAUGGGACUCAGCCCCUUUCACUUGCUCUCACCCACCCAAGGGGACUCAGCCCCUUUCACUUGCUCUCACCCACCCAAGGGGACUCAGCCCCUUUCACUUGCUCUCACCCACCCAAGGGGACUCAGCCCCUUUCACUUGCUCUCACCCACCCAAGGGGACUCGGCGCCUUUCACUUGCUCUCGCCCACCCAAGGGAACUCAGCCCCUUUCACUUGCUCUCACCCACCCAAUGGGACUCAGCCCCUUUCACUUGCACUCACCCACCCAAGGGGACUCAGCCCCUUUCACUUGCUCUCACCCACCCAAGGGGAAUCAGCACCUUUCACGUGCACUCACCCAUCCAAGGGGACUCAGCCCCUUUCACCCUCUCACGAGCAUCAUGCUUCCAUGCAGGUGGCAUCAGUGCAACUCAUCAUGUGCCCCCAACCAACCAUACAUGAGAAUCAUGCUUCCAUGCUUAAGGGUGGCAUCAGUGCAACUCAUAAUGUGGCCCCAACCAGCCAAGCAGGAGCAUCAUGCUUCCAUGCUUAA